AUGAAUACCAAAUAGGAUUAAUAAAAGAGGAUUAAAGAGACUUUGCUAAUAAAAUCUGUAGACAACGAUCUAGAUAGAACUGAUUAAGAGAGAUCGACAAAUUCACAAGUAUAAAUCUAUGACUAAAACUAAAGCAAGAAUAAUACCCUCCAUAUUCUUGGAGUAAAUCUUAAAGAAAACGUUGGCAUUUUGACAGGAAUGACAAUUUUUAUUGUGUCUUGCUUGGGUAGCUUAAUAACCUCCUUCAUUUUCUAAAUUUCAAACUUGCUCCUCAAAAUCAAAUUUGAGAUUAAUAAUGAUGAUGAACUGAUAAGCAUCAGUAGCAUAAUAUACAUGAUAAUAGUCAUAACACAAAUUAUGGUAAGUCCCAUAAUGGGGGUUUUCGUCGAUAUAUUUGGUAGAAGAUCAGUUCUCACAAUUUACUUCAUUUUGACUGGACUACUCUGUGCUUACUUGCCACACUCCUAUUAUGUUUGGUUCGAUUUUUUGGCAGUCAGAUUAUUGCUUGCAGUUAUGGCAAACUCAAUGCUAAAUAAUACUUUAAUCCCAGACUAUGUUUAGCAUUAAAGUAUUGGAAAAGCUGUGAUCUAUAAAAACUUCUCACGUUACAUUGGAAAUUUUCUUCAGCCUAUAACCUUCAUUAGUUUGAUUUCAGCUAGUUAUAUUUGGCAUUCAUUCAAUAUCCUAGCUGUAGGAAUGGGGCUAACUGCAAUAUAUCUUUAUUUUAAUAUAAAAAAUCCAUCUGACUUAGUAAAGUAGCACCCUGAUGAUUAAACUUCUACAAGCACAAAAUCUUAGGUUUUAGUUUAGUACCCUAAUAUUGGUUAAGAUGCCACUAUUGCUAGUCAAAUGCCUUAAAAGAGCAGAAAUUCUUUUUGCUAAAAAUUUCAUUAAGGAAUGAUUGAAUGCAAGAAAAAUCCUAUUUUGGUAUUUUGCUUUAUGUAAAACUUUAUUGUGAGAAUGGGUAUCGUCCUUGGUUCUAAUGCUUAUAAUUUGUGGAUCAUUUCAUCUAUUAAGGAUGAAUAAACAGUUUUAGAAGUUAUUGGUUUGACGAAUUUUCUUUCUACAAUCCUUAGCUUCGUAAUACAGAUACCACUAAUUAAGUACCUUGAUUGCAUAAGACCAAGUGUGAUUUUUACACUUUCUCAUUUUUCGAGGGGAGUUUCACUAAUAUUACCAGUUCUAAUUGAUAUUAAUUCAAGUCUUUUUAUUACAGUAACAAUCCUUUUGAUUGGACUAGCAAAUUGUCUUACUAACGUUGCAAGAGAUCUAAUUUUCCAAAAGAAUUUGAACAACGAAUCAAGAGGAGUUAUUGUAGGAUUUAUGGAUUUCUUUUAGUAUCUGGGAAUCUUGAGCUAUCUAAUGGUAUAUACCUUUUUAUCUAGCGUAAUUGGUCUUAAAGGAUGUUUUUGUUUCCUUGGAAUACUCGAUAUGUUAUUGCUAUUAGUAUCUGCUAGAUAUAACCUUAAUCACAAAAAUACUUGA